AUGGUUAUAAUUACAUUACGAUCAUUAGUAAAGGUGCCAGCUUUACUAGUACUGUUCACAACGUUUAGUACUGUUUUUGGGCAGUUCAACGAUUCUUUGGCUAAAAAUAAGUUUCUGCCAUUAGCUGCUGCUGCCUAUACUAUAUACCCAGCACAAUGUGUUACCAAUGUGUUUGAGGAUGCUAGUGUAACAAAGACUGUCACAGCUGAAUGUGGUACCAAUAUUGGAGAGUUCAAGUUGUGUUAUGGGUUUACUGGUGUCGCUCAUAAGGACAAGGCUGUCUUCUUGUCUUAUAGGUUAGUUUUGUUUAGUCUAUUGACUUUUAGGUCAAGCACAACUUAUUUUAUAUAUACAUGCUAUUACAUAUAUAUAUAUGUUAUGGCGAAAAGAGCAUUUUUUAAUGUUUUACAUUCUAGAGGAACAGUAGGAGGUAUCCAGCUGUUAUACGAGUCAUAUGAGACUGCCUUUGCCCCAAUGGUAGAAGCUAAAAUUGGAGGUAAAGUGUCACAGUACUUCUACAAUGUCUACAGUAACCUACAAAAAGAUGGCCUGAACGACGAAGUGUUAAGACUAGCCAAAGAAUACCCAGACUAUGCGAUCUGGAUUGGGGGUCACUCUCUUGGUGGUGCCUUGUCCUCAAUAUCAGCAGCUGAACUAAUCAAGAUCCAGAAUAUUUCUCCAGAAAAAGUUACAGUAAUUACUUUUGGAGAGCCUAGAAGCGGGAAUUCUGAAUAUUCUAAAAACUACGAUGCUCUAGUACCAAAGACCUUCAGAGUGGUUAACAAGGCGGAUUUGGUACCACACCUACCACCUUUGGGCUUCUUCGACUAUGUGCACCAUAGUACUGAAGUGUGGUACGAAAAGGGAAUGCUGAAUACUGCAGAAUACACCAUGUGUCCGCCUGAGAGUAAUGACUGCAGUAAUAAGAUUGGGGCCAAGUAUAUAUUUACUGACCAUUUCACUUACUACAUGCAGUUUGUGGUUGGCUAUGGGCUUUCUGGUUGUGGAGCUAUUGCGGCCGCUUUCAAAAAGUUUUUCGGUUAA